AUGGAUGCGGAGGAACAGGGGCGCGCCCUAGCACGGCUUCACGAGCAAAUGCGGCUUGUGACCGACGACAAUGUGCAGUUGCGGGACCGGAGCGAGCGGCUGCGCAGUGCGCUGGGCACCGUGAAGGACAAAAUGGCCCAGCAAGCAGCAGCAAGCAGAGACCUGUCUGCCCGACUAGUGCAAAGCCAGGAGGAGAAACUUAAGAUUUCCAGAGACCUUGUGGAUGUGCGCAUUGAAGCCAACAAAAUGAGAGAAAAGUAUGAAACAGAGAUAUUUGAGCUGACAAACAAGAUGCUGUAUCAAGAGGGUGUGGUCUCAUCUCUGGAGGCAGAGGGAGGGAGACUCGAGGCGGAGGCGGAGUCUGCGUUGGCACGGUUACGGAUUGCUGAGGGCAACGAGCGUGACAUGUCGGAGGAGUACACGGCUCUAAAGAGCAACUUCCUGGCUCUGAGUGAUGCGCUUGAAAGAGAGAUCACACACUCGGAGGAGCUGAGUGACGAGCUACUGACGCUCGCGCGCACACACGACACACUCUUGCGUGAGAGAGAACGUGCAUACAAACACACACUCGAGGUGGAGAGAGUGCGAGCACUCCUCACCAGGGUGGCCCACAGCAGAAGCAGGGUGGCUCCGGAGGAGCUGGUCCGAGUACGAGGUGGCGCCAUCAAACACACAAACGUUCAGCCUGGGGGUCAGAAUGAACUGAGGGAGGAAAUAGAGAAGAUGAGGAAGAGCUAUGAAGAAGUACAACGGCAGUUAGAAGAGAAGAUUGUAGCGAUGGGUAAGGAACAGCUGGAGAAUAGAAGAGCUACACGCAACACUCAACAGGAGCUGGCGCAACAGUCAGCAUCUCUUAUUAUCUCUCAGUACCAGCUGAGUCAGGUGGAGGCUGAAAACUCAAAACUGCAGAAUCACCUGAAGGAGCUCAACCAGGAGUACAGAGCACGACUUGUACGCUACAUACGCGAUAUUACGGAGUGUGUACAGGGUGCGAGUGACAGUAGUGUGCGGCUGAAGGAGUCUGUAGACUCUAUGCUGAAGGAGGUGCGGGAGUCGUACCGCUCCAGAGAGGAGCAGCUCACGACUGCUGUGCGAACCUACCGCAAACGCCUGUACAAGCUCAGCAACACACACCAGAUACUGCUCGCUGCAUACAGAAUGCAGCGGGAACAGAUCCUGUCUCACACUGAGUAUGCUCUGGAGGCGGGGCCACCCGAGGCAGACUUCAGCCCUGGGGGGGAGGAGCUUAAAGGCGAGACAGAGAGGGAACUACAGAAGCUCAGACAGGAUAAAGCUCGACUAGAGACCCAGCUAAAAGUCGCACAGGAACAGGCAGCUGCGCUGUCCCAGCCGUCUCAUAGAGCAGGACUGGCUGAGGAGAUGUGGACUGACAUUAGGAAACAGCUCAGAGAGAUCACCAGCACCACACAGGAGGCUUAUGAGAGGGAGCGUGUGCAGCUCAUCACCAGGGCAACGGUUGCUGAGGAGCAGGUGUCUGAGCUGCAGGAAUAUGUGGACAAUCACCUGGGCAGGUAUAAGUUGGAAGUCACUCGAUUGCAGAGACUGCUGGGAUUGAAGGCAGACAGAUCGCAGAGUGCAGCUCUCCCUAAACUCCGCCCCCUACACAAGUCACUCAAAAAGUCCAGCUAUGAAAUAUAGUUGGUCAAAUAAUCGCUUUAUGUCCGUGAAAACUACUGUUGAACACAUGGUCAAUUUGUAACGUCUAGAUGAUCAUUUAUUUAGUUUGUUUAUUCAGUUAAUUGUAUCACAGACCUGAUCUACAGAAACAUUGUUACACAGUUGGAAGUUACAUACUGAAUUACCUAACCCAUUAAAUAAAAAAAUCAAUUUGUC